AUGCUCUACAGUCUUUCCUCCAAAGUUUGCACCAUUGCUGUCCAUGGGCAGCAGCACACUACCCUCAAACGCCACAAUGUCGUCACCAGCAUUACACCACCUAUCGAAAUAAUACCCUCUGGCUCAUCCACAUCCAUCACCGAUCCCAGUCCCUUGUCGUCCAGCGGAUGGACCACAUGGUCCACAAUCCCCAGUGAUGUUGAUGUUGUGCAUGAUCCUGCAUCCAGCAUCAAUCCCAGUUCAUCCACAUCCGACCCCUGGGCUAUUGACAGCCAGGACAGCAUUGACACUGGAGUGAAGGAAUUGCCAGGCAGCGGCCCGCUACCUUGGUUGAUGACCAAGGAGUUUUCAUCAAAUUUUCUUAAUGUUCAUAUAGUGUUGAAAGUGUUACCAAACUUUAUGGGGGGGAGGCUGAGCAAGCGAUUUGUAUCAACGGCUUGUCCCGACCCUUUCUGCGGUGAAAAUGGACCCUCACCUGAAGGUUGUGUCAAAGCAUUUUGCACAUCCAACAGUGCAGGCGCUGCAAUCAAACACUAUCAUAUCCCUGCUAGAGACCUGAGCCCAGCUCCUCCACACAAGAAGAACCAGCAUGUCCUUAUUUUGGACGGGAAUUAUUGUGGGCUUAUCCAAACUGUAGCAUCUUGUUACACUAAGGACAGCACAGUCAAGAUUGCAAUUGAGCCUACGGUUACCAUAAAACUCUGUUUCAAUCAGGACAGCUCUUACAAUACAUAG